CUUGGGAUCGGCGCAACAAACAGAUUAACGAAUGACGCCGUAGCAGAGGGCUGGUUGGUGCGCGGAUACCGGGACGCAAGAGGGGACGGCACCUUUCGCACCGCCACGGCAACGUACAACACGGUGUAUCGGAGAAUUGAGGCCACGAAAAUCGAGACGAGGGAGCGAGGGGCACUUAGCCCUUUGGCGAGCUCGAAGGAUGCAGCUCCCAGGCGGGAGCACGAGAAUUCCGCCCGCGAGAAUACCGGCUUUCCUUCUGGUUAUCAUCAACGGGAACAACAUCGCAACAAUCACCGGGAAUAAACGCAUCGGUAGCAACAGCGGCGGUCCCGGUUGCAACAAUAACCGUAGCAGAAGUAGUAAGAAGCACGACAG